AUGGACACUGCCUUAGAUCAAUUCACGGGGCUGGACUCCUUCUCCUCCCCUUAUUUCGACGAAGACGAUUUUUUUACGGACCAGUCCUCGCGGGACCCUUUGGACGCGGACGAGUUCCUGGAAGACGAUGUGGACUUUCUCACAAGCCAAAUUCAAGAUUACUACGCGGACAACAGGACGCUGCACGACGGGGAGUACUGCGAUGUUGGCAACUUUUCGUUCUCCUCGUCUUCGUCCACCUUCUCCUACGGCUGCGCCGACAGCACUUCCGAGAUGUCCCCCCAGAUGCGGGGAGAAGGACCGCUGAUGAAGAGACGGAGGCGCAUGAGAUCCGAGGUCGAGAUGCAACAGUUGCGGCAGGCUGCUAACGUCCGAGAGCGCCGCAGAAUGCAAUCCAUCAACGACGCGUUUGAAGGACUAAGGUCUCACAUCCCCACCUUGCCAUAUGAAAAGAGACUUUCGAAAGUUGAUACUCUACGUCUAGCAAUAGGUUACAUCAACUUCCUCGCGGAGCUUGUGCAAUCUGACAUACCCAUCCGACAUCCAAAUGGUGACGCCUCUAACCAGCCCAAAAAAGUUAUUAUUUGCCACAGGGGAACAAGAUCUCCAUCGCCAAGUGACCCAGACUACGGGCUGCCUCCUCUCGCCGGACACUCUCUUUCCUGGACGGACGAGAAACAGCUGAAAGAGCAGAAUAUCAUUAGGAACGCUAAAGUAUGGACUCCAGAAGACCCUAGAAAGUUGCAUUUGAAAUCAUCUCUUAACAACAUCGAGAACGAGCCUCCAUUUGACUUUAUCUAA